GUGAAUGUGAAUCCCGAGGAUCUGAUUCCCAAACUUCCCAAACCAAAAGACCUGCAGCCGUUUCCAACAACACAGUCUCUGGUGUAUCGAGGUCACAGUGGUCUGGUCCGCUCCAUCAGUGUGUCUCCAUCAGGACAGUGGCUCGCCUCAGGAAGUGAUGACGGCUCCGUGAGGUUCUGGGAGGUGUGCUCGUCUCGCUGUCUGAGGACGGUCCAGGUGGGCGGAGCCGUGAAGAGUCUCGCCUGGAACCCCAACCUGUCUGUCUGUCUGCUGGCUGUCGCCCUGGACUCGGUGGUGUUGGUCCUGUCUCCCUCUCUGGCAGACAGACAGGUGGUCCUGUCGUCGGAGCGCCUGCUGUCUGCCCCCCAGGAGGCGGAGCCUAACGAGGGGGCGGGGCCAGUCACCUGGAGCGAGACAGAAGGGGAGGAGCUUACGCAGGGGAUCCGCCUCAAAAUCCAGCACCCCAAAGCGGUCCAGCAGGUGACGUGGCACGCUAAAGGGGACUACCUGGCCUCGGUGAUGCCGGACCACUCGAGCCACAUGCAGGUCCUGAUCCACCAGCUGAGCCGGCGGCGCAGCCAGAACCCCUUCAGGAAGAACAAGGGGCUGGUGCAGUGCGUAUCCUUCCACCCCGUCAGGCCCUACUUCUUCGUGGGGACGCAGCGCUCCGUCCGCAUCUACAACCUCGUCAAACAGGAAAUGACCAAAAAACUACAAGCCAACUCCAAGUGGAUCUCCAGCAUGGCCGUCCACCCCGGAGGUGAUCAUGUGAUCUGUGGGAGCUACGACUGCCGGCUGAGUUGGUUCGAUCUCGACCUCUCGACCAAACCUUACAAGAUGCUACGGCACCAUAAGAAGGCGGUGCGGGGCGUGGCCUAUCACCGCCUGUACCCGCUGUUCGCCUCCGCCUCCGACGACGGAGCGGUCAUCGUCUGUCACGGGACCGUCUACAAUGACCUCCUCCAGAACCCCCUGCUGGUCCCGGUGAAGGUCCUCCGGGGUCAUGACAUCACGGCUGACCUGGGCGUGCUGGACGUGACCUUUCACCCCACGCAGCCCUGGGUCUUCUCGUCUGGAGCCGACGCCACCGUCAGACUCUUCACCUAGCAACCGCCGCCUAGCAACCGCCCGCCUGGCUCUUUUUAUAUAACA